AUGACCGAUACAAAGGAGCCAAAGGAACAUAAACCAUCCAAAAGGUUCCACCGCGCAGUCGAAACCUUUGGGCUUUCACCGACAAGGUGGUGGAACAGAAAGCAACUGAACGCGAGAAAAACCUGGAAAAUCCCAGAGCAUCUAGGAAGUUUAUGGAACGACCUCGCACUAGUCACCAGUAGAGAAGAUGAUAUGCAAUGGCUAUUCCGAGUGCGAGUAGAAUCCCUUCUACUCGGACAACUCGCAGACAAGAUCAGCAAAGAAGGAGAAGCUCUUUGUUCUCCCACGCCUGCGAAUUGCGAGUCGCUGCACUGGAGUUUUCAGAAGCGAAUAAUGACGGCAAAAAGCAAAGGCGCGGGUUCGGCUAAUAUUAUCGACUAUGUCCUAUGGUAUGGACACUGUUGGGAGUUGGAAACAAAUUUCAUCGUCAUGAAGCCAAAGGCUGGCCAGCCGAAGGACUGGGCUUUGCUUCUGAAUAUGGCAAGAAUCCACAGUGCUCGCAAGUUUGCAGAUCCAGAUGCAGACGCAGCUAUCUACGGUAUUAUUACUGACGGGCUAGAAUGGAUCUUCAUUCAUAUUAGCAACAGUAGUCGGUAUACAGUCAAAAUAUUUGACUGGAGUGACCACCGAGAUCAGAUCAUUGCCCAAGUUCAGGACAUCAUCGACAAGGCAGUCAAUCUCUACAAAAAACGAGUGGUGCCGCGUUCCUCUCUGCGUAUACCUACUAUUCAGCAGAUUAGUGGCUGGCGCAUCGAAGAGAUCCCUGCUACAUCCAAUUACUUUGCCGAUAGUAAUGACCGGGCAAGUGACAAGAGUUCCGAGGAUGCCUUUGAUAUUUUUCAUCAGCCAUUGAGUUGGUGA